UUAACUUCAAACACGUUGACAGCUUCACCAUGAUUAAAAUACAUCUGCAUUUCAGAUAUUAAAUUUCUGUGCUCUUUGAGUUUCUUGCUUCAACGUUGAGGCAUGAAACAAAUGAAAUCAGGAAAUGCAUCGAGAGAGGUGAUUUGAUUAAAAAGCGACGUUGAUAUGGAUGGAUGAGGAGUAGUGGCUAAGACUAGAUGAGCUGGGAACUCCAAAAAUGGCCCUGUCGUUCUGUUCAGCCGUGGAUGUACACCUCUUCAGAUUCUGUAGGGAGCAAGUGGAUGAGGGAUGGAUUGGCUUUUCCACACAUUAGUUAUAGGGAUUUUGCGAUGUUAGUAGGGAUAAAGUUGAGAUAGAGUGCCACUUGGCUGAGAGAGUGAUCACUCAUUGCUCUAUCCAAGAGUGAUAAUCUUUGUUGGGCUAAUCUGCUGACACGUGUUAACCAUGGUAUUUGUUGGAUUCUGUUGGUAUAUUCCAUGGGAGCUAUCUUCUUUUUUAUAUAAACGCUUUGCGUUGGUUUAUUUUUGCAUUUUCGUCGUCUGUCUACCCUUCAUCUUAUACACGCCUCGUAAGAUUUAGCCAUGUCGGCCUUUGUUGGAAAAUAUGCAGAUGAGCUUAUCAGGACUGCCAAGUACAUUGCCACCCCAGGGAAGGGCAUUUUGGCUGCAGAUGAGAGCACAGGCACUAUUGGCAAGCGUCUCGCCAGUAUAAGUGUUGAGAAUGUGGAGUCUAAUCGCCAAGCUCUCCGCGAGCUCCUUUUCACCUCCCCCAAUGCCCUCCCCUAUCUUUCAGGUGUCAUCCUCUUCGAAGAAACCCUCUACCAGAAAACCUCUGAUGGAAAACCAUUUGUUGAAGUUCUCCAGGAAAACAAUGUUGUUCCUGGGAUCAAAGUUGACAAAGGGACUGUUGAAUUAGCAGGCACUAAUGGUGAAACUACAACCCAAGGCUUUGACUCGCUGGGUGCUCGCUGCCAGCAGUACUAUAAGGCUGGUGCUAGAUUCGCCAAGUGGCGGGCUGUCCUGAAGAUUGGUCCUACUGAGCCCUCUGAAUUGGCAAUACAACAGAAUGCACAGGGCUUGGCUCGUUAUGCCAUCAUUUGUCAAGAGAAUGGGCUGGUGCCCAUUGUUGAACCGGAGGUCUUGACCGAUGGUCCUCAUGACAUCAAGAAGUGUGCUUAUGUGACAGAGAUUGUUCUCGCAGCAGUUUACAAGGCUCUGAAUGAUCAACAUGUUCUUCUUGAAGGCACACUCCUUAAGCCUAACAUGGUUACUCCUGGUUCUGAUAGCCCAAAGGUAGCAGCAGAGGUAAUUGCUGAGUACACAGUUACUGCACUACGCCGAACUGUUCCACCAGCCGUUCCAGGCAUUGUGUUUUUGUCCGGUGGACAGAGUGAGGAGGAGGCGACAUUGAACCUUAAUGCAAUGAACAAGCUUCCAGUGUUAAAACCAUGGACAUUAUCCUUCUCCUUCGGGCGAGCUCUGCAACAAAGUACACUGAAAAUAUGGGCUGGAAAGAAGGAGAAUAUUGAGAAAGCUCAGAAAGCAUUCUUAGAAAGGUGCACUGCCAAUUCUGAGGCAACUCUUGGAAAGUAUACCGGAGGAAGUUCUGGUGGAUUGGCUUCUGAGAGUUUGUAUGUUAAGGGAUACAAGUACUAGAGUUGGGGAUAAUAUUUGUGCUUGUAAAAUUGUUAACGCUUCUCUCUAAUCAUGCUAAAUUUCUUUUGAUACAAUAUAUAUCUCCUUUAUAGGUUGUUUAUUAA